AUGAGCGCCCCCGCCAGCGACAAUGAGCUCAGUUUGGGCUCGGUGCCCGACAUUGAGACCUUCAUCGAGGCUGAAAAGACACGUGAAGACGCGACCAAACAGAGGGACAAGGAGGUUGUAGGGACCAAGACGACCAACAACCAGGACCCGAAAAGCGACCGCAUUGAGGUGGACGAGUUGGAAACCAACCCACAGGAAAUGGCAGACGAGCAGCUCGACAAGAACCACGACCAAAACGACGUUCCAGAGCUGGAGGAUUCGAUAAUGGAGGAGUAUGAAGUCAAUGAUGACCAGGAGGAGUUGCAACAGGAACAGGUUGAGGCUAAAAAGGCGAUGGACGUGGACCCUAAGACGGCUGAGCCGGUUCAGUCAGCGGGAACUCCACAGAUUGAUACCUCAUACGACUUCUCGGACCAGCAGGAAGUGCUGAAUCUGCCAAAGAAACGAGUACCGUCGUAUCUACAGCCCACAAUCUCAUAUUCUCAAAAAGUACGGGCCAAGUACGACCCUCGUUCUGUGUCUGGCUCGUCUCAGAGAUCGUUUUCCGGCUCUAGAACGUACUCAGCCGAAUACCAUCUUCGGGAAGCUCGAUUGUUUGAACAGCGACAGAACGAGAUGGAUGUGGAAGGACGGCUUUCACGUGACGGAGCCAAUUCGCCCGAUAGCAGCGGCGCUCUGGAAAUGUCAAAGCGAGGUGGAUCAAGAAAACAGGUGCGACGUGAGUUUUCGCGAGAGUUCACUCCUUCCUUUCCCUUCAACAAGGAGAAUGUGAACUGA